AAGACUUUAAAUAUGAUACUUCAAAAAAAAAUUCACAUUCGAUACCGAAAAAAUCGUCAGAAUCUCCGUCAUUUCGAGUUGCAUCCACAGUUGAACCCGAAUACGCCCACACGAAAGUUGCUUCAAUUUAUCACGUAAUGUUUUCCGGAGGUGUUGGUGGUUCGACAGCUGAUUUUUUAAUGCAUAGUAUAGACACGGUGAAAACCAGAUUACAAGGUCAGAGACAAACUAAACCACCCAAGUAUCAAAAUAUGUGGAACGCAUACACUACAAUAUGGAAACAGGAAGGGCUUAUUCGUGGAUUGUACGGCGGGGUUACGCCUGCCAUACUGGGAUCUGUACCAGCCACAACAAUCUAUUUCGGAACAUAUGAAUUCAUAAAGCGCAAAAUCAAAUCAAUUGGAAUAACUGACACUGUUGCGCAUUUAACGGCCGGUAAGGAAUGCGAAAAUAUUCGAGUAACUUCCGGUAAAUCACGUGACAUUACAUUCUAA